AUGUUGAAACGAAUAUUUCAUAGUUCUGAUAAUGAUAGUGAGAAUGGGCGGAGGUUUUUUCAACGAGAUUUACAGCAACGCCGACGCCAAAACUCUAUAACGUCUGAGGACGAGGCACUGGCCGAAUAUGUUGAUACAAAAAUAAUAUUUCAGGCUGGUGUCGAUUUCGAGAGUAAACCGUUGGUGGUUGUGUGUGCUUGUAAUUUACCUGAUCCCAACGAAGUAGAUUAUGACAAAAUUUUAAGUCGAAUUCUGCGUAAACUCGAUUUAUUUGUAGAAAGCGAUUAUACUGUUGUGCUUUUCGCUGGCGGAGCACAACAUCGUCCUGGUUGGCAUUGGAUGUUUCGCGCGUACAAAAAUCUUAGUAGAAAAUACAAGAAAAAUUUAAAAAAUUUGUAUAUAGUACAUUCGACUACUUGGGCCCGCGUUAUACUUGAUGUAAUGAAUGUCGUGAUAAGCCCAAAAUUUGGGCGAAAAGUUAAAUAUAUUCCAACGCUAUCAAAACUGGCAUUAUACGUUCCAUUAACACAAAUUGAAAUCCCGCCGCUUGUCUAUACAUAUAAUUUAAAAUUUGAGGAAAAAAUAACACUUCAACCGACCGCGUAUGAUGAAAAUGGGUCACUAAUGUUUGGUGUCCCGAUUGAGGUGCUAAUGGGUUCGGAGGGGGAAAAGGGAUUACCUAGGGUGGUAAAAGAUUGUGUAACUUAUUUGAGAGCAGAAGGAUUGGAAACUGAAGGUAUUUUUAGGCGUUCACCAAGUUCUGUUCUGUUACGACAGGCAAGAGAAGCAUAUGAUCGAGGAAACCCAAUUAAUCUUGCCGAUUAUGGAGUUCACGUCGCUGCUGUCUUACUAAAGAUGUUCUUUGCGCAACUCCCAGUUUCCGUAUUUCCCGCCGAGAUAUACGAAACAUUGCGACAAAUACGCAUGAAAAAUGGCCACUUGGAAAGAAUAGAAUUCAUUCGUGAAACUGUUUUUCCCUUACUACUGCCUCCGGUCGUAAUUCUAUUACACUAUGUUUGUUCGUUACUCUACGAAAUUUCGAAACACGAGAAAGUGAAUCGCAUGACUCCGUAUAAUCUUGCAGUGAUGAUGGCUCCGAAUUUGGUGCAUAGCGGAAACCCAUUGUUGGAUGUUAGCAUGUGCGUGUUGAGUACGGACAGCGACUCGGGAGGCGGAGUUGGAAUAUUUAUGAAACUUGCUAUUGAACAUUUCGAAUUGAUGUUUGAAGGGUUUGAGGAGCCACGUGAACGUAUUAGGGAUGCAGCUGUAGUUGAGAAUGGAAAUAGUCUUAGUAGCCAUCAAUUUCAUCAUAAUAAUUAUGGUGUCGGAACUGCUGCAUCUUCCUCAAGAACGUCAUCUGUCACCAGUGAAUCAACGGAAGUUUCAUCAAAUAACACUUCUAUAAAUAGUCCAUCCGCCUCACUCAUAAAUUCAACAAGCCCACCAAAAUAUCCGUCAAUUCGACGAAUGAGAAACUUAGCAUCGGCGUCUUCACCACCUAAUGGCAGCAUACGUGGCGUUGGAGCUGGUGUAGAGAUUAGUGGUAUAAUGGUUUCAGGGCUGGUGACCAGUAGUCCACCGGGAACUCCAUACGGUGAAGAACCUGGAUCACCGAGAUCAAUAGAUGAACUAAGGAAAGCGAUACCGUGGAAUUGA